UCAUUUGCAUAAAAUUCACUUUUUGCCCUAAUUACGGCGCAGAUUCGAAGAAUAUAAUAUUUUUGCGUAUUAACAUUACACUUUUUUCCGUAGCUCAUAAUAUAAAUCUACCAAGCAUUUCAGUAAGUGAGUUGCCAUAUUUACUGGGCUGGUAAUAAGCAUCUUUCAAUCAGCUGAGUUUUGUUUUCCUUUGCAGCAGUUUCGAAAAGGAAGCCCUGAAAAGCCUCAGCAGACGCCUUUGUUAUUGUCAGAGUUUAAAAACGAUGAUGAACGAAUUAAGAUCUUUGGAGCAUGCUACGUUAAAGGUGCCAUAUGAAGUGUUCAACAAGCGCUACCGCAAUGCCCAGCGGGUGCUGGAUGUUGAAGCGAGACAGGUUGGUGCUGCGGCCGGGGAGCUGGAGACUGCCGCUAAAGCUCCGAGCACCGCUGGAGAGAUUGAUGUGCUCCUUGGAGGCAUGGUGGAGAAACUCACAGCAAUGAAGCGUAAGGCUUCCGAAGCCAUCAGCGAGGAGUUGCAGGUGGCGCUGGUGUGCAAGAAGAGGCUGGAGCAUAUCAAGGAGCAGGCUGUCUCGCUCAACGAGCCCAGCACGCCGCAAGUGCGAACGACAGUGAACCAGUGGCGCCGCACCCGCUUGGAGCGCAUGCUGGUGGACUACUGCCUCCGCAGCGGGUACUACGACGCCGCGGCCAAGCUGGCCGACGCGCGCGACCUGCGCGACCUCACCAACGUCGAUAUCUACUGCGCCGCGGCUGAAGUGGAGGCCGAGCUAAGGAACCGUCGCACCGCGCGAGUUUUGCAAUGGUGUGCCGAUAACAAGUCUAAACUGCGUAAACUAGGCUCCACUAUCGAGUUCAAGAUACGUCUGCAGGAGUUCAUAGAGCUCGUCCGCGCCGACCGCCGCUUAGAAGCCGUGAAGUACGCCAAGAAACACCUCUCUCAAUACGAAGAAGGACAACUUCAGGACAUACAACACUGUAUGGGCAUGCUGGCUUUCCCCAAGGACACAGAGGUGGAGCCGUACCGGUCGCUGCUGUGCCCGGGCCGCUGGGCGGCGCUGGAGCGGCAGUUCCGCGGCGAGCACGCCAGGCUGCUGCACCCGGCCAGGCUGCCCGCGCUGCCGGUAGCGUUGCAGCUGGGUCUACACGCGCUCAACACGCCUCAGUGCUACAACUCGGCGACGCAGGUGGCGGCGUGCCCGGCGUGCGCGCCGCCGCUCAACGCGCUGGCGCGCCAGCUGCCGCACGCGCACGUGUCGCACUCGCGCCUCGUGUGCCGCCUCAGCCGGCAGCCGCUCAACGAGCACAACCAGCCCAUGGCGCUGCCCAACGGACAGGUCUACGGCGAGAGGGCUCUCCGCGAGAUGAUGGACGAGCACGGCACCAUCGUGUGCCCGAAGACCAACGAGGUGUUCUGCAUGAAGCGUGUCGAGAAAGUCUACGUCAUGUGAAUACUCUUUACUUA